AUGCGCAAGACUGACGAUCCCAACUACCCACCAGACCGACUGUACCUAGCAUCAUACACCCACGCACCCGACGAGCAUACUCCGUUCCCGUAUCCUACCCAAGCCAAGCGAUCGCCGCAGAAGCGGUCGGCCAGGGCACAACCAUCGCCCACUCCUGCGAAGCUACGGCCACCCCCGGUCUACUUCACCAUCGACGAUACCUUGCUCUACAAUGCCUUCCACGCCGAUUUUGGUCCGUUGCACAUCGGCCACCUUUACAGAUUCGCAGUGCAGUUUCACGAGAUACUGGGCGACCCGGGCAACAAUGACAAGGCGGUGGUGUUCUGGAGCAGAGCUGACGCAAGAAGCCGUGCGAACGCUGCAUGUUUGGUCGCAUGCUACAUGGUCUUGAUCCAAGCAUGGCCUCCCCAUCUAGCUCUGGCACCCAUUGCACAGGCAGACCCUCCCUACAUGCCAUUCAGAGAUGCCGGAUACAGCCAGGCCGAUUUCAUUCUGAACAUUCAAGAUAUCGUCUACGGGGUGUGGAAGGCUAAAGAAGAGAACCUGUGCCAGCUGAAGGAAUUCAACCUUGAAGAGUAUGAGCGAUAUGAGCGAGUCGACCAAGGUGAUUUCAACUGGGUUUCGCCUCAGUUCGUUGCGUUUGCGUCGCCACAAUCGGAGCCUGUCGCACCGAUUCCUACGUCCUCGCCGGCAUAUGCGACCCUGCCGUCCUGCAUUCCUGAGAUCCAACAUGCCAGAAUACCUCAGCCGUUCAAGAACGUCCUGACCCACUUUGUCCAGCGCGAUGUUGGUCUGGUCGUGCGACUCAACUCGGAGCUUUACUGCCCAACAUACUUCACCGCCCUUGGCAUCCAGCACAUCGAUAUGAUCUUUGAAGAUGGAACCUGUCCUGCCUUACCCAUCGUCCGCAAAUUCAUCAAGCUUGCUCGUGACACGAUUGCCAAGAAGAAGGGCAUUGCCGUCCAUUGCAAAGCUGGUCUGGGGAGAACUGGCUGCUUGAUUGGCGCUUACCUGAUCUAUCGCCACGGCUUCACUGCGAACGAAGUCAUUUCUUUCAUGCGAUUCAUGCGUCCGGGGAUGGUGGUUGGUCCACAACAACAUUGGCUUCACCUGAAUCAAGGACAAUUCCGCGAGUGGUACCUGGAAGAUCAAUGGAAGGCGAAGAUGGAGCUUGCUAAGCCUUCGACGCCCCGCGCCCUCUCGGCCAAGACACCCAUGCGCCUUUCGAGUGGUGCUCAGACGGCGACACCAGAACGAUCCAGUUCCCAGCGGACGGCACUCGGAGAGAUUGAUGGCAAUGAUGUGGCAACCGGUUACCAGGAUGAGAACCUGCCAGCCCCUACACCUGGUCAGCCCAGAAAAUAUGCUCGUAUGGAUCCUCGGCAGCACCCAUAUUCUCGAUCAACCUCUGGCUCUAUGCGCGUCAACGGAGCCAAGUCUGAAAGUGAAGUCGUUACAAACGAGAUUCACCGACAGAGCACAAGCGGCAUAGAUAGCGAAGAGGAGCUCAUUCUUCAGAGAGCGGCAUCGCGGCGAAGCCAGAGCAAGAGUCCGGGUAGCAAGGGCAAGGCUAGGAGCGUGUCAUACACCACUACCACCACGACAGUGACCAAGUCAUUCGACGUUGGUGAUACCAUGGGCAUCUAUGAAGACGAUGGCGACGUCAAUUUUCGCAUGGAAGAUACCAACGCGAUCUGGGAUGAACUCGCACAGGAACAGGAGAAUCUGAAGCUCAGCACGCGAAGUGAGAAGGCUGAGACCAUCCGCAAGACCCCGAGAUCCGCCAGUGGUAUGGGCGCCAUGGGCGUUGCGAAGACCAGAUCGAUUCGCGAGUCCCCUCGUCGCAGUGGCGGAGAAGACAAGAUGAAGGUUCGAAAGACGAGUGGUCGCGUUGGCAGUGCCAGCCACGGUCCAGUCAGCGUCAAGCGGUAG